AUGGCAAAUACAGUACCUGCAUGUUACGAGGUAUCUAUCGUUAAUCCUAAUCAGUUUUGGCAAACUGAUAGAGUUCUAAAAACAGAGCUCCCUGUUCUCGCCUUUCAAAUUGCAUUUACUGUUGUGAUAUCUCGUGUUUUCUUCGCAAUCUUCAAACCUCUCCAUCAAACCCGUCUUAUUUCACAAAUCGCUGUUGGUCUCCUACUAACUCCACCAUUACUUGGAAGAUACACGAAAGUUUUUGAGUUCAUUUUUCCUGUAACUGGGGUCCUCAAUGUUGAGCUUCUUGCCCACAUUGGUCUAAUUUAUUACGCAUUCCUUAGUGGAUUGGAGAUGAACUUAAAUUCCAUUUUACACGUGAAAAAGAAGGCUGCAUACAUCGCAAUUGCUGGGAUCGUCUUUCCCGUAGUGAUUGCACCAGGAUUAUAUGCUUUGUUUCGAAAAUUUUAUGGAACUCAUGGAACGCUUCCCCUUGAGGACAGUACUAAUAAUGCUUAUAUAAUUUGGACUGUAAUUCUCACUGUUACAGGUUUUCCUGUCGUAGCUCACACUCUUGCGGAGCUUAAGCUCCUUUAUACUGGUCUUGGCAAAGCGGCGUUAACAACAGCUAUGAUCAGUGAUACCUAUGGUUGGAUUCUUUUCACUUUACUACUUCCAUUUUCAAUUAAUGGUAAAGGAGCUGUUUACACUGUGCUAAGCACGAUAGCAUUUAUUAUUAUAUGCAUCUUUGUGGUACGUCCAAUCAUUCAAUGGUAUUUUGAUCGCAAGGUAGACAAGGAUGAGUGGGAUGAUAACGAAUUACUCUUUAUAAUGAUGGGGGUUUUAGCUUCUUCAUGUAUUACAGAUUUUCUUGGUGCGCAUUCCAUUGUUGGGGCUUUUGUAUAUGGAUUAAUUUUACCUCAUGGAAAAUUUGCCGACUACGUGAUGUCAAUCUCAGAUGAUUUUGUCGGCGGGUUUCUAACGCCUCUUUUCUUUUCUGGAACUGGGAUGAGACUAAUGUUGACCUCAAUUUUCGCCCAACCAAGUUGGCCCUUAACACUACUGAUUGUACUCUUGUUGUGUGCUCUUAAGAUUGUAAGCACUUUAUGUGCCACUGUCUUCUUUGGUAUGCGUAUUCGAGAUGGUUUGACCCUGGGCUUGCUUUUGAAUACCAAAGGUGCCAUGGCAUUGAUUAUGCUAAACAUUGCUUGGGAUAGAGCGAUAUUUUAUGUACCUACCUAUGCCGUCUUGGCUUCUGCUGUUAUUCUAAUGACUAUAGUUGUGUCUCCUGUCAUCAAUGGCGUCUACAAACCAAGAAAGAGAUUUGAACAGAACAAGCUAAAGACUAUACAAAAACUAAGGGUUGAUGCAGAGCUCCGAAUGAUAGCAUGUGUUCACAAUGCUCGCCAAGCAGCUAGCAUAAUUAACAUAAUUGAAUCUUUUAAUGCAACAAGAAUUUCCCCUGUGCAUGUUUCUGCCUUGUGCCUUGUGGAAUUUACUGGACGUGCUGUUUCCGUGGUUGCUGCUGCAAAUAGAGAGAAGCAUAGUAGCCAAACCGGAGGACAAAACCUGACUAGAUCACAGGAAGAGACAGAAAGCAUUGGCAAUACAUUCGAGGCACUUGGAGAGGCAUAUGACGCUAUCAGAAUUCAGACCUUAAAUGUGGUGUCAGCUUUUACAACUAUUCAUGAGGACAUAUACAACGCAGCAGAAGAGAAACGCGCAAGCUUAGUUCUUCUUCCAUUUCAUAAACAUUUAAGUUCAGAAGGCACACUAGAAGUAACCAAUGUUGUGUACAAAGAUAUAAACCAAAAUGUAAUGCAACGUGCUUCUUGCUCCGUGGGAAUAUUUGUUGAUCGUGAUUUUGGGGCCGUUCCCAAAAGGAACCUUCAUAUUCUUAUGCUCUUUGUUGGAGGUCCUGAUGAUCGUGAAGCCUUAGCUAUUGCAUGGAGGAUGGCAGGAAAUCCAGGAACCAAACUAUCAGUGGUUCGAAUUCUUUUGUUGGAUGAAGCUGCAGAAGUAGAUACUUCAAUUCACACUGAAGCACAAGGGAUAUUAUCUGCAGUUGUCGACACAGAGAAGCAAAGAGAAUUAGAUGAUGAGUAUUUAAGUACAUUUAGACUCACAGCGGUAAACAAUAAAGAUUCAAUAUCAUACUCAGAGAUUGAUGUUCAUAAUGGUGAUGAUAUUCUUGCAGUCCUCAAUGAACUUGAAAAAGUAGGUUGUGAUUUAUACAUAGUUGGACAAGGGAAUUGUAGGAACUCUCACGUUUUCUCAAAUUUCCUAGAAUGGUGUGAUUGCUUAGAACUUGGAGUUAUAGGGGACAUUCUGGCGUCAAACAAUUUUGGUUCACGCUCAUCUGUGCUAGUUGUUCAACAAUAUGGAUAUGGAGGAAUGAAUCUUGGAAAUAAUCAUAAGGCCACCGACAAUUUUGAGUCGCUUGUUGUGAAGACAGGAUAA